UAGAAUAAGCUAAACUCGUGUUCUUUAUUGUAGCUACGUUUUUAGUUAUUAGGUUAUAUAUUUGUAAAGCUACCUAGUUACACAAACCCUAAAUGCGGGACACUGUUCACAAAAGCCUGAUACUGUGGGAUUAUCCCACCAAUGCAGCUAACGAGAUUGGACAGAGAAGGCGGGUUUGAAUCAAUGAUUUAUAUAUGACGUUACACCAUUAGUUUGGACCAGCAACCCUGCCAGUUGUGAUAUUAUAUACUUUCUUUGUCCCUGAGAGGAAAUUUGACUUGCCGCUGCUUCCACAUAAAUACGUAGAAUCAAUUGACACCCACACAAGUAAAUAACUCCAUGCCAGGCUGUAGGAAGGCCUACCGGCACUGGAGCUGCCACUAACCUACAUCAUGGUGUAGUGCCAUCUACAUUUCAGGAAUUUAGCAGACGCUCUUAUCCGGCGCAAUUUACAGGUCCUCCAUGGGAAUUGAACCCGCAAUCCUGGCGUUUCAAGAGCCAUGCUCUACCAACUGAGCCACACAGGACCACCUACCUAUAGACCUUCAUCGUGGUGAACUGCCACCUACCUACAGGCCUUCAUCAUGGUGAACUGCCACCUACCUACAGGCCUUCAUCAUGGUGAACUGCCACCUACCUACAGGCCUUCAUCAUGGUGAACUGCCACCUACCUACAGGCCUUCAUCGUGGUGAACUGCCACCUACCUACAGGCCUUCAUCGUGGUGAACUGCCACCUACCUACAGGCCUUCAUCAUGGUGAACUGCCACCUACCUACAGGCCUUCAUCAUGGUGAACUGCCACCUACCUACAGGCCUUCAUCAUGGUGAACUGCCACCUACCUACAGGCCUUCAUCGUGGUGAACUGCCACCUACCUACAGGCCUUCAUCAUGGUGAACUGCCACCUACCUACAGGCCUUCAUCGUGGUGAACUGCCACCUACCUACAGGCCUUCAUCAUGGUGAACUGCCACCUACCUACAGGCCUUCAUCAUGGUGAGCUGCCACCUACCUACAGGCCUUCAUCAUGGUGAACUGCCACCUACCUACAGGCCUUCAUCAUGGUGAACUGCCACCUACCUACAGGCCUUCAUCAUGGUGAACUGCCACCUACCUACAGGCCUUCAUCAUGGUGAACUGCCACCUACCUACAGGCCUUCAUCAUGGUGAACUGCCACCUACCUAUAGACCUUCAUCAUGGUGAACUGCCACCUACCUACAGGCCUUCAUCAUGGUGAACUGCCACCUACCUACAGGCCUUCAUCAUGGUGAGCUGCCACCUACCUACAGGCCUUCAUCAUGGUGAACUGCCACCUACCUACAGGCCUUCAUCAUGGUGAACUGCCACCUACCUACAGGCCUUCAUCAUGGUGAACUGCCACCUACCUACAGGCCUUCAUCAUGGUGAACUGCCACCUACCUACAGGCCUUCAUCAUGGUGAGCUGCCACCUACCUACAGGCCUUCAUCAUGGUGAACUGCCACCUACCUACAGGCCUUCAUCAUGGUGAACUGCCACCUACCUACAGGCCUUCAUCAUGGUGAACUGCCACCUACCUACAGGCCUUCAUCAUGGUGAACUGCCACCUACCUACAGGCCUUCAUCAUGGAUUUCAGGACCCGCGUUGAUGCGUCAUGCAGGUAUUCCGAGGAGUUCACCAACAUAUAUUAUGACUGCAUGGACAAGAAAAGGAGGAACUUGAUACGGCUCUACUUGGACAAAGCAACCCUGGUCUGGAAUGGGAAUGCUGUGUCAGGGCAGUCUGCUCUUGGGGACUUCUUUCAGUCGCUUCCCUCCAGCGAGUUCAGUGUCCAGACUCUUGACUGUCAGCCAGUGCACGAACAGGCAACCCAGGGCCAGACCACGCUGUUGGUGGUGACAGCAGGACAGGUGAAGUUUGACGGACAAAAGCAGCGUUACUUCAAUCAGAACUUUCUCCUCACAGCCCAGGCUUUUCCCACCAGUGACCAGCCUGUCUGGAAGAUCGCCAGUGACUGUUUCCGCUUCCAGGACUGGAGUAGCUGAGGCCUACUUUUAUCUGCUUUCAGGGUCGUACUCAUUAGGGCACACAAUGGCAACGGACUACAAAAAAAGCAUUUUAUUUUUUAUUUAACCAACAGACAAGUCAGUUAAGAACAUUCUUAUUUACAAGGACAGCCUACACCGGCCAAACCCAGACAACGCUGGGCCAAUUGUGCGCCGCCCUAUGAGACUCCCAAUCGGUUGUGAUACAGCCUGGAUUCAAACCAGCGUGUCUGUAGUGACUCCUCUAGCACUGACAUGCAGUGCCUUAG